AUGGAAAAGCUUGUGAUAGAAAUCCCUUUGGUUGAUGCUGUGAAAAUCACUCCUGUUAUCAGGCGUUAUGUGAAGCGAUUGGUGACCAAUAAUCUCAGCCAUGAACAAGGAGUGAUGAUGAUUUCUGAACAAGUCAGUGCUGUGAUUCAGAAUCAAAUUCCAGAGAAGCUGACUGAUCCAGGAAGCUUUGUCUUGGAUUGCUCCAUCUUCACGGAUAGAUUCAAGAGAUCGCUGUGUGAUCUGGGUUCAAGUGUCAACCUCAUGCCAUAUUCAGUCGCUGUCAAUCUCGGCAUGACUGACUUCAAGCCAACAAGGAUAUCUCUUAUCCUGGCUGAUCGAUCGAGAAGGAUACCUGAAGGAGUGUUGGAAGAUGUUCCAAUCAAGAUUGGAGACUGCAUGAUACCGACUGACUUUGUGGUUCUGGAGUAUGGAGAGGAGCCUAAAGAUCCUCUUAUCCUUAGGAGACCUUUUCUAGCUAUAGCAGGUGCUAUCAUCGAUGUCAGGAAAGGCAGGAUCGCUCUGAAUGUUGGAGAUCUGGUGAUGAACUUCGAUAUGGACAAGCUGAUGAAGAAGCCUACAAUUGAUGGUCAAACCUUCUAUGUGGACACACUCACAGAAUUCGCAGAGGAGAUCUUCCAUGAGAUGAGACCCACAGACCCACUGGAGGGAGCUUUGACCACAUCUGCAACUGAAACUGAGCACUUGGACGAAAUUUCAGCAUCUUACUUGAAGAUGUUGGAUUCCAGCGAGCAUGUCAUGCAGUUGGCAGCGCAGAUAGAUCAACUUGUGCCUCCUGCAAAGGCCAAGCAAUUCUCUGACUGGAGUGAAGAGAAAGCGCCCAAGAUCGAGCUUAAACAGCUCCCUGCAGGGCUAAGGUAUGCAUUUUUAGGAUCUAACUCCACUUAUCCAGUAUACUCAUCAGAUCUGUGCAUGCAUCGAAUUCACCUGGAGGAUGAAUCGAAGUCGUCGAUCGAACACCAGCGCAGGUUAAACCCUAAUUUUAAAGAAGUGGUCAAGAAGGAGAUCAUGAAGAUGUUGGAAGUUGGGAACAUCUAUCCAAUUUCAGAUAGUGAUUGGGUCAGUCCUGUGCACGUGGUUCCUAAGAAAGGAGGAGUUACAGUUGUGAAGAAUGACAAAGAUGAGCUGAUCCCAAUGCGCACAGUGACUGGACACAGGAUAUGUAUCGAUUAUAGGAAGCUGAAUGCAGCAACCAGGAAAGAUCACUUUCCAUUGCCCUUCAUUGAUCAGAUGCUGGAGAGACUUGCAAAAUAUCCCUAUUACUGCUUCUUUGAUGGUUAUUCAGGGGUUUUCCAGAUUCCUAUCCAUCCAGAUGAUCAAGAGAAGACAACUUUUACAUGUCCAUAUGGCACUUUUGCUUAUCGCAGAAUGCCUUUUGGACUUUGUAAUGCUCCUGCAACUUUCCAGAGGUGUAUGAUGGCUAUCUUCACUGACAUGAUUGAAGAUUUCAUGGAGGUCUUUAUGGAUGAUUUCUCAGUUUAUGGAUCAUCUUUUAAAGACUGUCUGGAUAAUCUCUGCAAAGUAUUGGCUCGCUGUGAAGAGAAACACUUGGUCCUUAACUGGGAAAAGUGUCAUUUUAUGGUCAGAGAUGGGAUUGUUCUUGGACACAAAGUUUCUGAAGCUGGUAUCGAAGUAGAUCGUGCAAAGAUUGACGUCAUGAUGAGUUUGCAACCACCUGAUUCUGCGAAAUCGGUUAGAAGCUUUAUGGGUAAUGCAGGGUUUUAUCGUCGAUUUAUCAAGGACUUCAGCAAGAUUGCACGUCCUCUUACUGCUCUGCUAUGCAAGGAUGUCAAGUUUGAGUUUACAGACGAAUGCUUUGCUGCGUUUGAACAGAUCAAACAAGCUCUGAUAAGCGCCCCUAUUGUGCAGCCCCCUGACUGGAAUUUGCCUUUUGAGGUGAUGUGUGAUGCCAGUGAUUUUGCUGUUAGUGCUGUUCUUGGACAGAAGAAGGACAAGAAGCUUCAUGCAGUCUACUAUGCCAGUCGAACUCUGGAUGAUGCUCAAAGAAACUAUGCUACUACUGAGAAAGAGUUGCUGGCUGUGGUCUUUUCUUUUGAGAAAUUUCGACCCUACCUUGUGGGAUCGAAGGUUAUUGUGCACACAGAUCAUUCUGCACUCAAAUACUUGAUGCAGAAGAAGGAUGCAAAGCCAAGGUUACUGCAAUGGGUUUUACUUCUUCAGGAGUUCGAUAUUGAGGUCAGAGACAAGAAGGGUGUUGAGAAUGGUGUUGCAGAUCAUCUCUCACGCAUCAGGGUUGAAGAGGACGUACCCAUAGAUGAUUUUCUGCCAGAGAAGAAUGCUUUUCAAAUUGGAGAAACGUUAGUGUCAAGCAACACCACCACUAGUGUCGCGCGACACCUUGCGCAGCAGAACACAAAGACUUCUAAAAUUCGAAGCAGACUUCCUGAGAUCAGUUCAACUGCUGUAUCUGCCACACAACGUCCUUGGUAUGCUGAUAUUGCCAAUUAUCUCACUGCAGAGGCUGAGCCUGAGAACUUUAAGGGGUACGCAAAGAAGAAGUUCCUGAGAGAGCUGAGGAGAUAUCACUGGGACGAGCCAUAUCCGUUCUAA